AUGCUUGUCAAAAUAAUGGAUAUUUAUUAAAAAAAUAUUUUCUUUUACUUUUUUUUUUAAAAAAAACUUUUUAGUGAAAAGAUAAAUAAAGUCUACGUACAAAGAGAAAAAUAUGGCAUAUGUGGGGAGCAUGAAAGCCACGCUUCCAUAUCACCAGUCUCUCCUCGACUCUUGUACACUUGCACAGUUGCACUCAGUUUCCAACAAGUGAAAACUCAGAAGAAAAGUGGGGGCAAGGGAAGGUACUAGAAAAUGGCCCUCCAUGUGCCCACCGCGAAGUCAUUGCCAAUACCUUCUCUUCUGGUUCCAACCGGUAGUGUAGGCCUCCGGCGACCGUCUGAUCUUUUCGCAGUGAAAUCGUAUUUCUUCUCUUCUUAUUCACUACACCUCUUGCUUCCUCCUCAUCAAAAGACUAGAGCUACUGUUGCUACUGCGCCGAGGAUCUCCAUGCGUGUCGCCUCCAAGCAAGCCUAUAUAUGUCGAGAUUGCGGGUACAUCUACAAGGAAAGGACUCCUUUUGAGAAAUUGACUGACAACUAUUUCUGUCCUGUUUGUGGUGCUCCUAAAAGAAGGUUUAGAGCAUAUGCACCUGAUGUCACCAAGAAUGCUAAUGACCAGGAUGUAAGGAAGGCUCGUAAGGCACAGAUUAAAAGAGAUGAAGCAAUCGGGCAGGCAUUGCCUAUUGCUGUUGUGGUUGGGAUUGCAGCCCUGGCUGGUCUAUACUUCUACCUCAACAAUUCAUUUCCUGGUUGAACUGCAUUAUAGCUUGAGCUGCAGCAGUCACCGUCCUUUGAUUUUGUUGACAAAAUUAGUGUUGUAAUCUCCUUUUCAUAUCUAGAGCAUCUGUUUUCCACUGUAUUCUCUGCCUUCCACAAUUCAAAUUCCUUCCUCUA